CAACGAAACAAACAGGUCUGAUUAUCAGAAAAAGGAAGAAAUAAAGUAUGAUAAUCCCAAGUCGACUCCCCCUUCUCCAUCCACACUCAGCUCCACCGCUUAGUCUACUAGUCUUCAAUCCGUCUCCGCCGCCCUCUCCUGUUCGGCGCUGCCAAACUCCAUCUCCGGCCCACCCAAAGUUCCGACUUCAGUUCGUCUCCCGCUUCAACUACCGAUUUCUCUCCCAGUCGAUCCAUUCGUCGGCUUUGCCAUCCAGAUAUAAAUCUCCUGCUAUGGCUUCCAAUGGUUCAGACCCUGUGGAGCAGCAAAAAUCUCCCCAGAAGCUGCAAAUAUACUCUACUUCCAGCACUGGAGUCAAUUCUUUCUGGAGAGACAAGUACGAAAGGGAUGCGAAGAAGUAUUGGGAUGUAUUCUAUAAGCGACACGAAGACAGAUUUUUCAAAGAUCGGCAUUACUUGGAUAAGGAAUGGAAUGGCUACAUCAGCGGUCCUGGCCGGAAAGUCAUUCUAGAGGUUGGAUGUGGAGCUGGGAACACCAUCUUUCCUCUUAUUGCUACUUAUCCAGAAGUUUUUGUUCAUGGAUGUGACUUUUCACCCCGUGCUAUCAACUUGGUCAAGGUGGAGCACAUAAGGACUACACUGAGACACGUGUUGGUGCAUUUGUGUGUGACCUUACUGCUGAUGAUUUAAGCAAGGAAAUAUCUCCAUCUUCAGUUGACGUUGUCACAAUGAUUUUUGUACUAUCUGCAGUGUCACCUGAGAAAAUGCCUCUUGUUCUUCAGAACAUUAAGAAAGUUCUAAAGCCAAAUGGUCAUGUGCUGCUUCGUGACUACGCAACUGGGGAUCUUGCUCAGGAACGGUUCUCUUCAAAGGAUCAACAGAUUAGUGAUAAUUUUUAUGUUAGAGGCGAUGGCACUCGUGCUUACUACUUUUCAAAUGAUUACUUGAAAAGUUUGUUUGAAGAAAGUGGAUUCAGGGUAGAAGAGCUUGAUGUGUAUUGCAAACAAGUAGAGAAUCGUUCACGUGAAUUAGUGAUGAACAGACGUUGGAUCCAGGCUGUAUUCCAGUUUGCAAAUUGUUCUAAUUCCUCUGGCAAAGCUUCAAUGAACAAUGACCACCUUGGCAUAGGAAAUAACAACUCGCUGGUCAAAGAAAGUGCGACAGAUGAGGAAGUUGACAUAUCACAAGGGUUGGCAGCAGAAAUGUUCGGAAUGCUACCUUCUAAGUAUGAUGAGACAGUUGAGGUGAGAGUUGGAGAUCAGAAUCUGAGAAUCAACUUACUCUCCAAAGAGUACCAGCACACCUGUAGGUCAACUGGCCUGAUGCUGUGGGAGUCUGCUCGUUUGAUGUCAUCCAUUAUUGCCGGGAACCCAUCCAUUGUCGCUGGGAAAAAGGUGCUGGAGUUGGGUAGUGGGUGUGCCGGGAUAUGCUCGAUGGCUGCUGUUCAGCGAGCCGACCUCGUUGUUGCAACUGAUGGAGAUGCAAAAUCACUCGAUCUGCUGGUGCAGAAUGUCGCUUCUAACCUUAGCGAACCAUUUAUUUCUAUGUUGAUUACAAUGAAACUUGAGUGGGGAAAUAAAGAAGACACGGAUGCCGUUAAGGAACUCAAUGCUGGCGGCUUUGAUGUCAUUUUAGGCACAGAUGUAACAUAUGCUUCUGAUGCUAUUUUGCCUUUGUUUGCAACUGCAAAGGAAUUAGCUGCACCCAGCAGGGAUGGAGAGAAGAAGGAACCUGCAGCACUCAUCCUCUGUCAUGUCGUACGCCGAGUUGAUGAGCCAUCUAUAAUUCUGGCUGCAUCUCGAUUCGGGUUCAAAUUGGUGGAUAAAUGGACAGCAGCUGCACCAAGUCAGUCGCAGAGCAUCAUCAGUUCUUGGUUCCUGAAGAGUGGUUGUGAGAUUUAUAUCCCAUCGAGGGCACUGAACAUCCUGUACUUCCAAGCUGGAGCUGGAAACAAAUAGUGAUAGGUACCGACGUUUUGUGGGUUCGAUUUGGUUGAAAAGUAAAACGAAUAUCUACCAACACUUACGUUUUUUACAAAAUGGAAACAAAGAGAUCGUUUUGUACAAAAUGAAUCGAGAAUUCAUUUCAUUGUAAGAUGAACUAUUGUUUCAUUGUAAAAUGAAUUAUUGUGUAGAAUUCAU